CCAUCUUGGGGGCGCCAAGGUGGCGAGUGGGGGCCGCGGCAGGUGCGUCCCCAUGAGGAGGGGAGGAAGAUGCCGGCUGAGCUGCUGCUGCUGCUGAUUGUUGCCUUUGCCAGCCCCAGCUGCCAGGUGCUCUCAUCACUGCGCAUGGCUGCAAUCCUGGAUGACCAGACGGUGUGUGGCCGUGGUGAGCGACUGGCCCUGGCCCUCGCCCGGGAGCAGAUCAACGGGAUCAUCGAGGUCCCAGCCAAGGCCCGAGUGGAAGUAGACAUCUUUGAGCUGCAGCGGGACAGCCAGUACGAGACCACGGACACCAUGUGUCAGAUCCUCCCCAAGGGGGUCGUGUCGGUCCUGGGGCCCUCCUCCAGCCCAGCAUCUGCCUCUACCGUGAGCCAUAUCUGUGGGGAGAAGGAGAUCCCCCACAUCAAGGUGGGUCCUGAGGAGACACCCCGUCUUCAGUACCUUCGCUUCGCGUCUGUCAGCCUGUACCCCAGUAAUGAGGAUGUCAGCCUGGCAGUCUCCCGAAUCCUCAAGUCCUUCAACUACCCCUCGGCCAGCCUCAUCUGUGCCAAGGCUGAGUGCCUGCUGCGAUUGGAGGAACUGGUACGGGGUUUCCUCAUCUCCAAGGAGACGCUGUCAGUGAGGAUGCUAGACGACAGCCGGGACCCCACACCACUGCUCAAGGAGAUCCGAGACGACAAAGUGUCCACUAUCAUCAUUGAUGCCAAUGCGUCCAUCUCCCACCUCGUCCUCCGGAAGGCCUCGGAGCUGGGAAUGACCUCAGCAUUUUACAAGUACAUCCUUACCACCAUGGACUUCCCUAUCCUACAUCUGGAUGGUAUUGUGGAGGACUCUUCCAAUAUCCUGGGCUUCUCCAUGUUCAACACCUCCCACCCCUUCUACCCUGAGUUUGUGCGCAGCCUCAACAUGUCCUGGAGGGAGAACUGUGAAGCCAGCACCUACCCAGGCCCUGCGCUGUCUGCUGCCCUGAUGUUUGAUGCCGUGCACGUGGUGGUGAGUGCCGUCCGAGAGCUGAACCGCAGCCAGGAGAUUGGUGUCAAGCCGCUAGCCUGUACCUCGGCCAACAUUUGGCCCCACGGGACCAGCCUCAUGAACUACCUGCGCAUGGUAGAGUAUGACGGGCUGACCGGGCGGGUGGAAUUCAACAGCAAAGGGCAGAGGACCAACUAUACCCUGCGCAUCCUAGAAAAGUCUCGGCAAGGCCAUCGAGAGAUUGGGGUGUGGUACUCUAACCGGACCCUGGCCAUGAAUGCCACCACCCUGGACAUUAACCUGACACAGACGUUGGCCAACAAGACACUGGUGGUCACAACCAUCCUGGAGAACCCGUACGUCAUGCGCAGGCCCAAUUUCCAGGCCCUGUCGGGGAAUGAGCGGUUCGAGGGCUUCUGUGUGGACAUGCUUCGGGAGCUGGCCGAGCUGCUGCGCUUCCGCUACCGCCUGCGGUUGGUGGAGGAUGGGCUGUACGGGGCCCCCGAGCCGAAUGGUUCCUGGACUGGCAUGGUUGGCGAGCUCAUCAACCGGCAGAAGGCGGACCUGGCUGUAGCUGCGUUCACCAUCACAGCCGAGCGCGAGAAGGUUAUCGACUUCUCCAAGCCCUUCAUGACCCUGGGGAUCAGCAUCCUCUACCGAGUGCAUAUGGGCCGCAAGCCUGGCUACUUCUCCUUCCUGGAUCCCUUCUCCCCUGCUGUGUGGCUCUUCAUGCUCCUUGCCUACCUGGCUGUCAGCUGUGUCCUGUUCCUGGCUGCCAGGCUGAGCCCCUACGAGUGGUAUAACCCCCACCCGUGCCUGCGGGCACGUCCUCACAUCCUGGAGAACCAGUACACGCUGGGGAACAGCCUCUGGUUCCCUGUGGGGGGCUUCAUGCAGCAGGGCUCAGAGAUCAUGCCCCGGGCGCUGUCCACGCGCUGUGUCAGCGGAGUCUGGUGGGCCUUCACCUUGAUCAUCAUCUCCUCCUACACGGCCAACCUGGCCGCCUUCCUCACCGUGCAGCGCAUGGAGGUGCCUGUGGAGUCAGCUGACGACCUGGCAGAUCAGACCAACAUUGAGUACGGCACUAUCCACGCUGGCUCCACCAUGACCUUCUUCCAGAACUCGAGGUACCAGACGUACCAGCGCAUGUGGAACUACAUGCAGUCGAAGCAGCCCAGUGUGUUCGUCAAGAGCACAGAGGAGGGCAUUGCCCGUGUCCUCAACUCCCGCUAUGCCUUCCUGCUCGAGUCCACCAUGAACGAGUAUCACCGGCGCCUCAACUGCAACCUCACCCAGAUUGGGGGCCUCCUCGACACCAAGGGCUACGGCAUCGGCAUGCCGCUGGGCUCCCCGUUCCGGGAUGAGAUCACACUGGCCAUCCUGCAGCUCCAGGAGAACAACCGGCUGGAGAUCCUGAAGCGCAAGUGGUGGGAGGGGGGCCGGUGCCCCAAGGAGGAGGACCAUCGAGCUAAAGGUUUGGGCAUGGAGAACAUUGGCGGCAUUUUUGUCGUGCUCAUAUGUGGCCUCAUCAUUGCUGUCUUUGUGGCGGUCAUGGAGUUCAUCUGGUCCACGCGGAGGUCAGCAGAGUCCGAGGAGGAGCUGGCCGAGCACGACUGACCACGGGCGGGGCCGGGCAGGCGCCCGGACUGACCGCAGGGACUGGGCCCGCCGCAGGACUUGGGGCCGGCGCCCCGGACGCCGCGAUUUUGCCUUCGGUUCCCUGUGAAGUCCAAGGCCCGGCUCCGGAGCUGGCCUGCGCCCCCUAGUGGACUCACGAGAGGGCCCCGCGAGCGCCCGCACUCCGCCCCCGCGGCGGGCGAAAAGAGCACAGGAGCCGAGGACUCCAGGGCGCGGGACUGCAGGGGCUGCUCCCGAAACCGGGGAGGCCCGCACCCAGGAACUGCUCAGGCGCCCCAAGACCUGACGCGGGCCUUCACACUGCUGGAGGUGGGGAGGACCUCUGGACAGAUGGGUGUCCCUUGGCACCCCACCGCUCUUCUCUUUCUCUCUUUUUUUGGGGGGAGAAACCUCGGAAUUUCUAUGAGAACCCCCCAGGAAGGGGUCAGUUGGGCCCCCACCCCUCCCCCUGCCACAUCUCAGUCCCUGUUGGAAUAAAAAAAAGAACAAAAACCCCAAAA